UUAUUGUUUAUCAAAUCAUCCCACUCUUAACAUCAUAAAUUUUCAGCUAGGUUCAGAUUCUACAGACAAAAUCUGAGAGUUAUAAGAUUUUGGGGCUUGUGAGAGAAGAAAUGAACGAUGUGGUUAGUUUGGGGGUAGGUUCUGUUGCAGGAGCUGUGGCCUCCGAGCUCCUCAAAAUCGUGAUUGAAGAGGCUAAGAUGGUGGUGUCGUUCAAAUCUGUGUAUAUGGAGCUUGCAUCCACGAUGGAGGAUGUGCUUCCAGCAAUCAUAGAGAUCGAGAUGUUGCAAGGUGCUGGAGAACUAAAGAAACUCAAGGAUAUAAUCGAUGAAGCUCUUCUACUGGUUCGGAAGUGUUCACAAGUUAAGCGGUGGAAUCUACCCUCAAAAGCUAAAUAUACAAGAAAAAUAGAGGAUAUCAACAAGAAGAUGCUCAAGUUCUGUCAGAUUCAACUUCAGCUUAUUAUGCUUCGGAACCAACGGCUGAUUAUGCAUCAAUCCGGAAUCUUUUCUUACAUGAGUAUGCCUGUGGAGGGGUCUACCAUGAUGUCUGACAUUCUGCCUGAGGAUACGAGGGAAGCCAUUGAGAGUCAUCUCAAAAGCAUCAAUAUGAAGAUCGAUGGUUUGAGUGUUUAUCCGCCUGUUUAUAGGGAUCUUUGUUCGGUCCCCAUGCUUGAUAAGGUUCUCGUUGGUUUGGAUUUGCCAUUGUUGGAGAUAAAGACGAAGCUCUUUAAGGAUGAUGAUCCAGUGGUUAGUCUUGUGGUCUCUGCUCCUCCCGGGUGCGGGAAAACCACAUUGGUCACUCAGCUUUGUCAUGAUGACGAGAUCAAAGAAAAGUUCGAGUAUAUCUUCUUUUGUGUCCUGUCAAGUGCUCCUACCUUCAGGACCAUAGUACAGAAUUUACUCCAGCACAACGGUUAUGAAGCACCUACAUUUGAGAACGAUUCUCAAGCAGCUGAUGGCUUAAGAAAUCUGCUUGAGGAACUUCAAGAAGAGGGUCCUAUAUUGUUGGUGCUGGAUGAUGUAUGCCAAGGAGCAGACUCUUUUCUUCAGAAAUUUCAGAUUAACAUACUAAAUUUCAAGAUUCUGGUGACUUCUCGGUUUGAGUUUCCGAGUUUUGGUCCCACUUGUCAUAUGAACCCUUUGGGAGAUGAAGAUGCUAAGUCCCUUCUCAUUGAGAAGGCAUCACUUCGCCACUUAUCAUUUAAGAAUGAAGAUAUUUUACAGGAAAUUUUGAAACGUUGCUAUGGAUUUCCAUUCUUAAUUGAAGAAGUUGGCGUUCGACUUGUAAAAGAAGCUGUAAGAGAGGGAGUACUACUCCGAGUGGAGAGCAAGUCUGAAGAGGAAACAACUUUUAACAAUUCUCCACAUGUAAGCAACGUCAACACAAGCUUCUGACCUAUCAAAAAGGUUUGUCCGUUGCGAGACCAAUCAAAAUGAAGAAUAAAAAAUCAGCCCAAACGAAGAAACACUCAAUGGCUCAGUUAGAACAAGAGCCCAUCAAGCCCGAUGUGCAGUCAAAUCCUGUAACGGAUACUUGGACAGUAGAAAUAGUUGGUGAUUGUUCAAGCGAUUCAACAACUUACGAAAUCACUUUAUCUAACAAAUACUUCUUGCUUUGGUAUCAAUGGUAAUAUUACAAUAUAUAUAUUUAACGUAAUAUUUUUAUUUCUUAUAUACUAUACUAGGAUCGGUCCGCGUUACGCGCGGGAUAUAAUUUAUGUGUGAUGUAUAUAACUAAGUAUAAUAAAGUUCAUGUUUUAAAAAAUGUUAGGGUGUGAAAGAAUUAUGUAUGUUAAAAUUAAUUAUAUUUGAUUUCGAUGUUUGUGUCUA